AUGUCGUCCCCUGUUCCACCAAUCUCAGAAUCUGGUCUUCCUGAAGGCUGGGAAAUCAGACAGUCGCGGUCGCGCAACCUGCCGUACUAUCACAACCCGGCCACAGGAGAGUCGCUGUGGGAACCCCCCGCCAACACUGACACAGAGAAACUCAAGACGUACAUGUCUAAGUACCACUCCAAAGCUUCGGUCCCUCCUGCCCCGCCAUCAACAAAUGGCGAGAAGAUUCGUGCAAGCCACUUACUCAUCAAGCACAAGGAUUCUCGUAGACCAUCAUCUUGGAAAGAAAAGGAAAUCACUCGAACAAAGGAAGAGGCCUUGUCUACUCUGUUAGGCCAUGAAGCCCGGAUUCGUUCGGGUGCAAUGUCUCUUGGUGAAAUCGCUACAAAGGAAUCUGAUUGCUCUAGCGCUCGCAAGGGCGGUGAUCUCGGCUACUUUGAGCGUGGAGUCAUGCAAAAAGAGUUUGAAGAUGCUGCUUUUGCCCUCAAACCCGGCGAGGUCAGCCAUGUUGUUGAAACAUCUAGCGGGUACCACUUGAUAGAGAGAACGGCUUAA